ACCCCUCUAAUGGAACCGGCGCUUUUGAGCCCCAACCCAUACCACCGGAAGGCCGGGCUCAUGUGUUUGGCGGUGCUGGCCGAAGGCUGCGGAGAUCACAUCCGUAACAAGCAUCUUCAGCCCAUGCUCCAGGUGGUGUGCCGCGCGUUGGCCGACGAGAGUCAGGUGGUACGCAACGCUGCGCUGUUCGCCUUGGGCCAGUUCUCCGAGAAUCUGCAGGUACAGCCUUUUCAGCUCUCUCGCGAACGUCAUGGGGGACUCGAUCAUCCCGUUCCUGCCUCGGAUAACGACGCUCCUGAUUUAUUCCCUCAAAUCCACCGAGGGCGUCAAGCCGCCCCUCAAUUCGGGAAACUCCUUCCUAUUAUUUGACGACGAGGAAGAGGAGGCAGAGGUGGAAGGAGAGGAAACUCUCACCGACGAGGAAGACGAGGAAGACUCCGACCCCGUGGGGAUGUGCGUGCGAAGCGUGUUUAUGGACGAAAAGGAAGACGCCUGCAUAGCGCUGGGAGAAAUGGCCGCCAGCAUCAGUAUGCCCUUCCUGCCUUACAUAGAGACCUCGUUCCAAGAAGUGUCCCAGUUAUUGCCGUGCCCCCACAUUCGGGUACGGAAAGCUGCGUUCGAAGCCCUGGGACAGUUCAUCAUUUCGCUGCAUCGGGUGUGUAAGCAGGAGCCGUCGGAAGCUCAUGUGGCGGCCUUUCAGAAGCUGGUCUCCACCCUGCUGCCCGUCUACCUGAAGGGGGCACAGGAGGACCACGAGCGCGAGGUGGUGAUGGCCGUCCUGGAGAUCCUGGCCAAAGUGGUGAAGGAGUGUAAGAGGGACGUCAUACCGGAGCCAGCCCAGCUGACCGACCUCUGCCGGGUGGUACGGGAGGUGCUGGAACAGAAAGUAGCCUGUCAGGACAAUGAGGACGAUGAAGAUGAUGACGAUGAACAGGCGGAAUACGACUGCAUGCUGAUCGAGUACGCCGGGGAGUUGAUCCCCGUCCUCGCGGAAGCGACCGGAGGGGAGAUCUUCGCUCCUUACUUUGCCGGCUUCUUGCCGCUACUCCUCAACAAGAUGAAACCAUCCUGUUCCACCGCGGACAAGUCCUUCGCCGUGGGCGUCAUUGCAGAGACGGUCCAGGGCCUGGGAGGGGCCUCCAGCUCAUUUGUACCCCACCUGCUGCCAUUGCUGAUGGGGGCGGCCCGCGACGAGGACCAGGAAGUGCGCAGCAAUGCCGUUUUUGGGCUGGGUGUCCUGGCCGAGCACGGCAGGGAAGCCAUGUACGAAAGCCAGGAGUCUCCUCCUUAUGUUGCUGGGCAAUCUCUCCGCCCGUUGCCCCACCGAGUUUCAGACAGCCGUCCUGGCACACCCUCCAGAAGUCGGCACCUCGAUCCACGCGGCCAUCAGCUCCGCUUAAAACGGCCAGGAAGGGGCGCUGUCGUCCAAACUUUUGAGGACUUUCGAAACCAGCCGUUAUACAAAGCACCACGCGGGAGGAGUUUUUUUGCAUCUUCAUCUUUGGACCUCACUCCCGAUCCACAACACAAAAAUCCGGGCGUGGUUUGUGCUGCUUUGAUUUCAGUAUUGUUUCAUCUUUUUUUUCACAGUUAAGCUUUCUUUUUCCUGCCUUUCUUUCUCUCCUCCAUUCCCCGCUCCCCCAACUGAAGGCGUUUUCGUCGGCUGAAAAUCCCGCUCGAUACCUCGAAGUUGUUUGCAACGUUCGCUCAAUGCUGCUUAACGGGAUUUGAGAUAUCUGGAUUUCCUUCGCCGUUUUCCCUCCAACGAUCGCGCCACUCUUAAUGGCACACGUUUUGUGAUCCACGCAGCGAGAUUUGCAGUGCGACGUUUUUAUAUCUAACUAGAUUUUUAAAAAAUAUCUAAUUAGAUAUUUUUUUUACCUGCGAGGAAAUUAAGCUUUUUCAAACAACCCGAGGCUUCGAAACGGGCACGUUAGCCAAAUGGGAAACGGCAGAAACGCAGAAACAUUUGUGUCAAAUGUUGUGUAGAGGCCAAAAAAAAUAAAAUGUGCCGAGUUUGUCAACACAACCGCAACACAAUUUGUAAUCUCGGUGUCAUCUGCCGAAGCCAAAACAAAUAAGUGAAUCCUGCUGCGGUUGAGAUGCCGGUUUGAUCUAUUCGUUCUGUGCCAGCGUUAGGGGGGCAUUCGCACCCUAUUGCAAGAACGCAGCUCCACAAACUUGUGUCUUGGCGCGCAACCGAGGAGUUCUUCCACCACGGUCUUUUUUCCCCUCACGGUGAUCACAACUGUUGUUAUUAUUUUUUUGCCUGUUGCCGAAAAAAAAAAGCUGAGAAUUUUGCCGUUGUUUGGCUUUUGGGAUGGCUCCGGGGAAGCUUUCCUGGACUGGCCCCAUGUUGUGGUUUCGCAAGGGGCCAGAUUUGUGUGCACAAAGUUCACGGUUCUUGAACGAGAGGUUCUUCUCCUUUUUUUUCCGCUGAAUGUGGUUUCUCUACGUAGUUUUUUCCCCCCAGUUGGAUUUCUGCCACAAAGCAACGGUUCUCACGAAUCAACUCUUUCCUCCGUCGUUCGUAUUUAAGAUUUUUAAACUUUCUGGUUUGGUCUUUUCUUGGAACAGAAGAUUAAAAGUAUACUGUAUGCAGUACCUUAUAAUAAAAUGAAAUCAAUUAAAUUGUUUGUUACGAUC